AUGAAACUUCUUUCCGGUGCAAGUUAUAAUUUUUUAAGAGAUUGUGAAGAAGGAAAUUUGGCAGGUGUUCAAAAAUUUAUUGAAAAUAAAUGGAAAAAGAAAGUUAUUUUAAAAUAUAUGUCAUGGAUUCUUAUCCCAAAAACAUUAUCAAAAAAAAUUAAUUUAUGUAAAUAUAAAUAUUCAUCAAAUGGAUACAAUCCACUUCACCUAGCAAUAUUAUCAGGAAAUGUUAAAUUAAUUGAAUAUUUAAUUGAGGUAGACAAAAAACUUAUAUAUCAAAAAGAUGAUAAUGGUCUCAGUCCUUUUCAUUUAAUUACAUUAAGUACAAAUUCAGAUAUAUGGAGAGAAAUCGUAAAAAAAAGAGAAUUUAUUUUAUUUAUUGAAGAUAUACCAAAUUAA